AUGGACAGUAACAUGAAAGCCACCGGCCCUGCGCUAGCAGACAUUUCCAAUGACGAGAACCUGGCAACAUCUACGAAUGAUGUUGAGGCUGGCAGCACAACACCGUCACCCUCUCAGCAUGCCUACGCUACUGGCUCAGAAAAAGAGUCUCUCCUCGUCGGAUUCGACGGAUCUGGUGAUAAAACGAAUCCUCAAAACUGGCCUGUACAGAAAAAGCUUCGCAUUUUCGCCCUCGUCAGUCUAUCUACGGUGGUUGUGACCUUGACGAGUAGUAUCUUUUCAGCUGCUAUACCGCCCAUAAUGACUACAUAUGGAGUUUCUCGUGAAGUAGGAACUCUUGGAGUCUCCUUAUAUGUCCUAGGGUUCGCAACCGGGCCUCUCGUCUGGGCCCCAUUCUCAGAACUCAAAGGGCGCCGCAUACCCUUCCUAAUGAGCAUAUUCGGCUUCAGCAUAUUCUCGUUUGCUACUGCCGUGUCAAAGGACUUGCAGUCAAUCUUCAUCUGCCGUUUUUUUGCCGGCUUCUUCGGGGCUUGCACUUUGACCCUCGCCGGUGCCAUCGCCAGCGACAUGUUCAGUCCUGAUAUAUUCAUGAUCAGCAUGGUCUGCUUUGUUCUUACGGUAUUUGCAGGUCCUCUCCUAGCUCCUCUUAUUGGCGGCUUCAUCGUCAUGAAUGAGAACUUGGGUUGGCGAUGGACGCACUAUAUUCCUGGUAUCCUCGGCGCGGCCUCGUUCUUAUCACUGUUCUUCUUUCAAGACGAAACCUACGCGCCGAUUAUACUGGUCGCCAAGGCGAGAAAGCUCCGUCACGAAACUCAGAACUGGGCUAUUCACGCCAAGCAUGAAGAGAUCGAGCUUGAUCUUCGCUCCAUACUUCACAACUACCUAGCCAUACCUCUGAAGAUGCUCGCACUGGAUCCUAUCAUACUGUGCAUGUGUAUCUUCGGUUCCUUUGUUUACGGUCUGCUCUACCUCUUCCUCACAGCCUAUCCAUUUAUCUUUCAGCGUGUCCACGGCAUGAAUCAGGGCGUUGGCGGUCUUCCCUUUAUAGGCGUGAUCGUCGGUCAGUUUUUCGCCGGCUUGGUCAUGUACCUCAGACAACCGGGGCUUCGACGCAUGAUUAUGAAGAACAACGGACAGAUCAUUCCUGAAUGGUUCAUCAUACCUGCGAUUCCUGGAGCAGUAGCCUUUUCAGCGGGCCUUUUCUGGCUCGGAUGGACUGGAUAUAGGCGGGAUAUCCACUGGAUUGUUCCUACUCUCUCAGGGUUGUUGACGGGCUACGGCCUCAUCUCGAUAUUUAUACCGUCAAUACAGUAUGUUGUCCAGUAUAGACGGCAGAGAGCUGCUUCUGCCAUCGCAGCACAUACGUUCCUCCGCUCGCUCGCUGGCUCAGUAUUUCCUCUUUUUGCGACAUAUAUGUUCGAGGGGCUUGGUAUCGAAUGGGCGCUGACGCUUUUGGGAUGCGUUGCAGCUGCUCUCAUUCCUAUUCCUGUUAUUUUAUACAUCUAUGGUGCGAGGAUCAGGGCGAAAAGUAGGCUGGUUCUCUAG